AUGGGUUCCGGAGACCUUAACAUGAAAAAGAGCUGGCAUCCCCAGCGGUCAGCCAAUCUCGCAGCCACUCAAAAAGCCGAAGCCGAAGCGAUUGCCGAACGCAAGAAACUCCAACAGCGACUCCAGGAGAUUGAAGAGGAGCGAAAAAAGGAGGAGAUUCAAAAGGCGCUCGAGGCGGCAGGCGGCAAGCGCAAAAUUGAUCGCGUCGAAUGGAUGUACGCUGGGCCGACUGGGCAGGCUGGAGAUGCCGCGGAAAACGAGGCCUACCUGCUCGGGAAGCGCCGCAUCGACAAACUGCUUCAGGAUAACGAGGUGAAGAAGCUCUCGAAGCAGUCUGCGAUCGAGGAUGUUGCUGCGGCCCCAGCUAUCGCUAACCCUCGAGAUGUCGCCGCAAAGAUUAGGGAGGACCCACUGCUGGCGAUUAAGAGACAGGAACAAGAGGCAUAUGAAAAGAUGAUGAACGACCCAGUCAAGAGGAGGCAAAUUUUCGCGUCGAUGGGUAUCGAAGACCCCCAGUCAUCCAAGAGCAAGGAAGAGAGGAGGCACAAGCAUCGCUCCCACCAUCACCGAUCACACCGUCACCGUGACGACGACAGAGAUGGCGAGAGGCGUUCCCGACGGCACAGGUCAGAAUCCAGGGACAGAUCCAGGAGUCCUCGACGACGCGACUCUCGCGAUGAUGAUCGACGAAGACGCAGAAGAGACUCACCCGAGCGCCGAGGUAAAGACAGAAGAGACAGCCGCGACAGAAGAGACAGCGGUGAUAGGAGAGACAGUCGCGACAGGCGGGAUAGCCGUGAUGGAAGGGAUAGCCGCGAUAGGAGAGACAACUAUGAAAGACGAGACAACCGCGGCAGACGAGAGAAUGACGAGAGACGGGACAGGCCUCGCCGGGAUUUCGAAGAUCGCAGUGGCAACCAGGACCACAGCGCGCAGGAGGAGGAGCGUGCGCGUAAGCUUGCCGCCAUGCAAGAGGCGGCUACCGACCUGGACAAAACCCGCCAAGAGAGGCUUGCUGCCAUCGAGGCUCGAGAGCGGGCAGAAAAGGAGGCAGAGGACUUGGCUCGUCAGCGAAACAAGAGAUACGGUGGUGAUGCUGGGUUUGCCAACAAACUUCACAGCAGAGCGGCCGAGAUGAAGAUUGCAGACCGGGCCGAGCGACGGUAA